AUGGGCCUUUGGACCGACGAUGCCUCGGCUUUCCAAGGUGGCUCCUGCGAAUACGCCAGCGCAUCGCAAGGUGGUCUUGAGUCGCCGUCGGCCACAAGCAAAUACCUGGAAUCCCGGGCUGUUUGCCUGGCCAACCCUGCGAUCUACGGCGGCGGAGUCGCCUGUGGCUCCUGCUGGAAGGCUGAGCGAGAGGGUCAGGGCAGCGUGGUGGUGCAGAUCAUCGGGUCUCAUGGAGGCUCCAACAACUUGGACUGCUUCUCCGACGCCUUCCGCACCAUCGCCGGUGCGGACGGCGGCACUUUCGACGAGGUCCGCCUUGAGCCCGUCGAGUGUGAGGUGAAUGGCGCAGGGCCAGUGGCGACCAUCGUGGAUGGGGACAACGCCUGGUACACACGAGCCAUCUUCUCCAACUUGCCUCAUGCCGUCCUGGCUGCCUGGAUAUCCGUGGAUGGGAAAGCGACGGAGAUGCGUCGUGUAUCGGGAGCGACUUGGGAGGCCAACCUCGGAGGUGGUGGCUCUGUUGUUGGUUUCAAGGUGAGCCUGGAGGGCGGAACGGAAAUGGCCUUCCGCGACUGCUUCAGCUCGUGGCCUGUGGCGAAAGGAAGGGACGACUGCCGCGAUGCCGGCUGCUGUCAGCAAGCCGGGCAGACCUGCUAUGAGAGUGGCUACGAGAGCACCUCCAGCACUUCUACGUGCACGGUGGCCACGGGGUCCGUUGUGCUGGAUACCGGCCAACGGGCAGCGAAGCAUCUCCGCUGUGAUCCCGAGAGGAUAGAUGAGUUCUACAUUGCGGACGGUGAGAAUGGCAGCGAUGCGAGGCAGGACCGGGUGAGGCGACAUGUGGGUUUCUCGUCGCUGCACCACUUUGCUUCGCUAGCUGCGGUAGUUCCUAGCAUGCAGGGUCACUUUGACUGGAAGCAUGCCACCAGAAUUGGAGAAGCGAGUCAUCCUGGACCCUCUGGUGGAGGGUCGCGAGCGACAGCCCGCCGUAGGGCUGAGAUGGAUGUAGAUGCUGAGGAGACUGGCGGCUUCGGCGGCCUUGCUGGCCUGCUUAGGCCCAUGCUGGAGACCUUGAUUCGUGAACUGCUUCAGGAGCUCCUUACUGAGGGGGGGCUCAAGGGCAUGAUUGCUGAGAUGUUGGGUGGCCGGGUUCCAGCCACUUCAUCGCGGGCUCCUUCGGCGGCACACUCUGCGGGUGAGGUCGUGCCGGACGAGGGGGCUAACAAGAAGGGGCGCUGGGACAAACGUCGCGGCGAUGAUGAUGACGCGCAGCCCAAGGGCAAGGGCAAAGGCAAGAACAACAGCGGCGAGCAGGCCAAGGGCAAGGGCAAGAACGACCUGUCCAAGGGCAAUGGCAAGGACCAUGGCGGCGAUCAGGCCGGCAAGGGUAAGAGCAACAAUGGCGACCUGUCUAAGGGCAAGGGCAAGAACAAUGGUGGCGAGCAGGCGGGCAAGGGCCUUGGUUCCAGACCGGAUGCUGCCGAUGGUGCUGAGUGGACGGUGGUCGGGCCUGCCAAGAAGCAGGCCGAGUGGCAGCUUCGUGGUUCUGAUUGGACUGAGGCUGUCAUGACUUAUGAUGCGCUUGUGGCUGCCUUUGGCAGCGAUAGCAAUGAUGCUGUGAAGGGCGUGGUGCUCGCAUCGGACGAGGAGUUCGACACCCUCAAGACUUUGCUGCGCGGAUCCUCUAAGGCACAUGGCGUGCUGCUGGUGCAUCAGAAUAAGGAUGCCUCCCAACGGUGUCCCGGCGUGAUUGGCAGCAAGCUGGUCAUCAGGACGGUGGACUUCCACAGGUCCUACACUCCUGGCUUGGUCGCUCCCCAACCUAGGGCUGCGGCGGCGGCACGGAAGUUGGAACCGAAGCAAAGCUCGGUGGUCUAUGCCAGGAAGGAGAUUGUGAAGCAGCCGCAGCGGGCCUUUCAUGGGUUCCUGGCUCAGCAUCGUCUUCGUGCUUUGGACAGCUGGGGCUGGCAGAUUGAGCAGGUGCAGGCCACUCCUUACCAAAAGGUCUUUGGCUGCGGGCGGCUGCUCAACACUGACGUGGAGACCCUCUUGAGCCUGAGUGGGAAAAAUGGCCUCUUCUUUGACGUGGCCCGUGGGUUUCCCUUGGGUCCGGUGCAAACGGAGUGGCAUAGCCAACAGGAGAGCGAAAAUGCCACCGAGUUCCUCAACCGGCUCCUCACGAUCCCUGCCGACUUCGGGCUCAUCGCGGGUGCUAAGCAGAUUGGCAAGCGGCUCCGGCGGGACCCCAACCAGCCGGUCCAGAGGCACUGGGUCAUCGAUGGUGUUCCUCGGGAUGUUAGUCCAGAUGAUCUUCGCACGGUGCUUCAGGCAGGUCACUUUGAGGAUGUGGAGAUGACGUUGCAGCGCAGGCACGGCAACUUGAUGGCAUAUCAUUUUCGUGCUAAAACUUUGCUGACGGCGGACAGUCUUGCUGUGCCGCUUCUCCUUGGGGAUGUGGAACUGGACCUGUGGGCUCGCAUUGCCCCCCCGAAAAGGGGCCGGGGCACUACGCAGACCAUUGCGACUUCUGGUGCUUGGCGACUGGAGGCUCCGCGCUCAAAAUGGUCUACCGAGCGGGUGGCUGUGGAGCUGGAUGAUGAGGUCGAGGAGGCGUCUGCGGGUACCCUUGUCAUCAACCAGGGUGCGGAUACCAGCGAUGAUGCCACCAUGAAGGCGGGCGCUGGGACUACUGAGGAGUCUGCUCCCAAGGAGGCUGAGGCGAAGGCGGCUGGGACUGAGAAGGUGGAGAAGAAGGAUGCCGGGAAGCGGGGCGGCGCGGCGACCGGGUCGGCUGCGAAGCGAGCUGCUGGGGUGCAGCGUGCUCUCCCUGAGGGGGCCAAGGUCACCAAGAUCGAGAAGGACGGUAACUGCCUUUUCAGUGGCCUUGCAAAGGGCAUCAACAACUUGAAGCCUUCCGGGCACCAGCUCACUGGAGCAGAAGUCCGGGCGAAGAUUGCGGUGCAUCUUCGCCGCAACGAAGAUAAGUACGCUCAGGAGUGGGACAAAGAAAUGCCCAAUAGGUCCAAGGCCGAGAAUUGGGAAGCCUACGUGAGUGCGAUUGAGGUUGAUCAAACUUGGGGAGGACUCCCAGAGAUCCGUGCAGCGAGUCGCAUAUGGGACGUGAGAUGUAUCAUUUUCCCCACGUCCCAACACAUUGAGCCCUUCCAUGUCCACGGGCAGGCUCGCAAGCGGGUGCUGGCGCUGCUUUUUACAGGCAGCCACUUUGACCUCAUCGAGGGUGACAAUGGAUCUCUCCCGAAGGCCCUUCUGAGCAUCAAGGCCCCACCGACUGCUGUCCCGAUGCGGGGCGGCGGUCGUGAUGAUGAUGCUGCCUCUGUGUGGACGCGAUCCUCUGCUUGCUCUUCUGCUGUCGCUGCCUCGGUCUGGUCCAAGGGCUCCGCGGGGACUUUGGCAUCGGCUCAGGCGCGUUCUUUUUCCGGAGAAUUUUCAGAAAAAAGAACGGCCCCAGGAACGCGCGACUUCGGUGACUUCCCGCCUUCUGCGACUUCCAGGCGGGCGGCCUCUGUGACUUCUAAGCGGGCGUCUACGGUGGCUUCUGGGCCAGCACCUCCGGUGACUUCCUUGCGGGGUGCUUCGGUGACCUCCAAGCGGGCUUCUUCGGUGUCUUCCAGGCGGGCCGCUUCAGCUGCUUCGGUGUGGACCCGGGAGCCUGCAACUGAGGAUCCUGACAACACUUCGAAGCCGCCUAGGUCGGUGGGACGCUGUGGGAUGCGUACCUCUUCCCUUGCCUCAGCCGGCGAGUGCCUGGAUGUUGUUGAGGAUGCGACUGCCGGCGAGCCGUCGGCGAAGCGACGGGCCUACUUGGCGCGGGGAGCCACCUUCAACCCGGCCCUCCAAAAGGAUGGGUCCUUCCGCGAGCCCUGCAGCUACUGUGCCCAUGUGCAUGUGGGCCGCACCAGUGUUGAGCUUGCCACCAAGCGCUACCGGCAUCACAAGCGGUGGCACAGCGAUCUCCCCAGGACACAUGGACGUGCUCCCCCUAAAGUCCUGGAGUUGUGUGAAAUUCGACCAGAGGAGCCGGCUGAUUGGCGAUGCCCCAUCUGCUUGAUGGGCUUGCCUGUGGGUGCCAAGGCCAAGGUUUCGGCAAAGGCGUUCAUCGCUGCCAAGGAAGAGCACCGUCGCCGUGCGCAUCGGCACUUGUCUUGGGCCGCCUUCAACUCCAGGUGCUUGGGCAGCAACAAUCAGCAGCAUGGCGCCCGUAUGAGGUGCCGAGUUCGGGCGCUUAAUGUGAAUCGGGCCAAGCGAGCUGUUAAGAGUGCCAGCUCCCCGUCGAUUGAGCGUUUUGUUCCGUUCACUUGGCCUAUUGUGCUCAACAAGAGUAAGAAAGAGCGGAGGGAACGCCGUGGCAUCAAGCGCUUGAUCUUUGCCACGGCCUGGCGGUGCCGUACCUGCAUGGGAUGCUGGCAGAAGCCUGCUCAGGCUAUCCGGCACAAGUGCUCAACUGUGACCGACUGUAGCAAGGACUUUCGAUGCUGCCUUGCAGUGUUUGACGCGACCCACUUUGGACCCAUGAUCAAGAUCGCCACUUUCAAUAUCCAACGAUCUGGGGCCGCCAAAGUUCAUUGGCUUGCUGACAUGGUUUGGGACAAGGAGAUGGAGAUCGACGUCCUGGCCAUUCAGGAAUUGGACCUUCACGAGAACUCGGUGCCCAACUUCAUCGAACUUCUUCGUGUCCGGCGUGUGCAUGUUUUUCUCGGAGGAUGUGUGGAUGGCCUGUACAGGUGUGCUGUCCUCUCCAAGCUCCCUGGCGUUCGCCUUGAUCUUUGCAGUGAUCGCCUUGCGGGGGUUGUUUUUGAGCUCCUCGAAGAGGGGCGACUUUGUCGACUGGCUGUUGCUUCAUUUUAUGGGUGUGCUCAUGACUCUUCGCUUGCCAUGAGCGGUGUUGAGCAUGCGAUUCAGGAGCUCAAGAAGUGCCAGCACGCCUGGUGUUUGGUUGGUGACUUCAACCUGGAGGCGGCUGAGGAGCCCCUUUGUUCCGCCUUGGCCGGCGGCCUUGCCUGCUCAUGGGACCUCCCGUUCGAGAGUGAGGAUUUGCUGCCGGGCACUAGAGUUUCUGGGCGGAGGAUUGAUUUUGGCCUGGGCUGCGUUGAGCCGGUUGGCCAUCGGGCUCCCUCUUUUCUGCCCUUGGACACCGCGCCGGUCACUGACCAGUGCUGGGCUGCUGCAUGGGAUGAGUCGGCCUUUACGGGCCACUUGGAGGCGCUCGAUUUGGAUGCGGCCUGGACCCUCCUUUCGGACACCGCUGAGCGCUGCCUGGCCAAAAGUGGUGCCCAUGGACAUCGGCGUUCCCAGCCGUGGCGUCCUCGUCUUCAAGUUCAUGCGCGAAGCAAGGCCGCUUGCUCCUUGGAGUCCCUCUUGGUGGUUCAGUUGCGACGGCUUUCGCGGCGGCUUUGGCAACUUCGUCACCAGCCUCAGGACGGUCGCUUGCGGGACAAGAUUGGCAAGCAGAUGUGUGCGCUCCAUGCCAAAGCUCCUUGGGUGGCCGAGGUCCCAUUUUUUGAGGCUGAAAACUGGUGUGAGUGGCUCGAUGAGAAAAUCGGGUCAUUGGAGGCUGAUGCCAAGCACAAGGCCAUCCACAUGUGGCGGGACCGGCUGGAUGCUUCGGAGCCUCGGCUGUCUUCGUGGAUCCAGCGUCGGGAGAAAGUUUGGGGUGAUCUCAACAGGCCGGUGCUGAAGCCUGAGGCGGUCAGUAGGCGCGCGGCGGUCCAUCCUGUGCGUCAGGUUGCCCAGGCUAGUGCUGAGUGGAUGCAGCGUUGGGGCACAUGCUCUACCUCGGGUGACCUUGGCCCGGUUCUGGCUACGCAUCCACGCCUUGAGGAGGUCGACUUUUCCUUUGAGUUCACUGGCGAGGCCCUGCUGCGGAGCGCCAGAAGCAUGCUGCACAAGGCGGCAGGACCUGACAACUGGUCUUGCUCGGAUUGGGUGCUCCUGCCGGGAGCCUUCUGGAGUUCUUUCGCGAGGAUCUGGCAGUGCGUCCUGGGCUCAGGCGUUGUCCCGCAGCGCUGGCGAGAGGGCAGGGUCGUCCUUAUCGAGAAGGCCACCCAGGGCCAUAGGCCUCUGACCAUCCUUUCUUGCGCGUGGAGAGUCGGAGCACGCCUCUUGGUGCGACAAAUGUCCGAUUGGGUUGAACGAUGGGCCUCGAUGCGAGUGCUUGGGGGAGUGGCUGGCAGGGGCCUUAAGGACUCCUACCUGAGGCUGAUCGAUUCUUUGAGCAGCUCUUGUUUCUACUUGCAAGAGGAUGUCACAAAAUGCUUCGAUUCGCUGCGGCUCCAGGACUUGCUGGCUACCCUUCAGCAUCUCGGCUGUCCACGGCAAAUCCAGCAUCUGGUGCAGAGCUACUACUUGCAGCAUCGUCGUGUUUUCGUCAAGGACGGUAUGCUGGGUGAUCGGUGGCAUGACAUCCACAGAGGACUUCCUCAGGGGUGUCCGUUCAGCCCCAUUUUGACGGCGGCUGCGAUGGCGAUCUGGUCUUCGACGGUCGAGUCUGGAUCCUCCCCUGGGGUCUCCUCUAUGUCCUUUGUGGAUGACAGACUCCUGUGGUGUCCCAACCUGGUUGAGCUCCGAAGGGCCAAGGAACUCAGCAACCAGUUUGACUUGGCCUUUGACCUGCGCUGUGACACGACGAAGAGCCGCUUUGUUCAUUGUCAUCCGUCUCAGGCUGCUGCUGACUUUGCGGUGGAGCUCGGCUACGAGGUCAGUGACACUUUGUCGUUGCUUGGGCUGCUGGUUCCUGUGGAUGGUCAUGCUGGCCCGUCACUUAAGGACUUCAGCCUUCAGCGUGUGAAGCGCCGCAUUCGCCUCAUCGGCGUUGCCGUGAGGGGUCUGGACAAGAAAGCUCGCAUGCUUCGCAUGCUGGUGCUCCCCGCUCUCACGUGGGCCGGUGGCUUUGCGACGGUGAACUCACAGGAGAUGGAUGAGAUCCUGGCGGCCUUUCGGUAUCUUCUCCACAAGGACCUUGCCCACGACACCCCGCCGCUCCUUUGCUAUGAGGUGGCUGGCUGGCAGCUGCAUCCUCGCUUCGCUUGUGAGCUUGCUGCUUUGAGGGAGGCGGUUCGGCAUCAGAGCCGCACCCCGUCCUGGCUUGAGGAUGCUCCUUUGCGGCUGGCGACAAAGCGGUGGCCGCAGCUUUUGCCGAACACGGUGGCUGUGCUCACGAGCCUGGGCUGGACUUGGGACCCUCGUGGUCGUUACAUCCUCCGCCGGGACUCCUAUGGCCAGGAGCGCCGCUUUGAGUUGGGUGUUGACUCUUUCGACGUCCUGGUUGAGUGGUUGGAGGACGCUUAUCGGCGGUGGCACUUGGCCCGAUGUGGACGUGUCGUCGAGCGGCUUCACCGUGCUGGUGCUGAGGAUGACGUUGCUUGUGGGCUCGACCUACCAGGACCUCCGGCUGGCACCCUGGCGGUCUUCGAGGGUCAUAAGCGGACGUGGCUCAAGGCGAAGGACACGGUGGACAAGCACACUGCUCUGGUCGCGGGCUGCUCCUUUUGGCACAAGCGCAAGAAGCUCCCUCGGGCUGAUUGGCCGGGUCUUCGUUGCCUUUGCGGUAAGAACACCCCGUCUCGGCCGCAUUUGCUGUGGACGUGCUCUCGCACAGCUGACUUGAGGACUUCGGUCGCUGCACCUACGACUCGUCUGGAGGAGAGGUUGAUCGCGCGGGCUGUGCCUGAGGUGCCUUCGGCUCCGAUCGUCCUUGCUCGAGGCGACUACAUCGAGGAGAUGGCCGAGCAGCUGGAGGCCAAGCUUGCCGCGAACCCGGUAGUCUUCGUGGCUACGGACGGUAGCUCGAUUGCUACGGUGUCUGCGUGGGCGGUCGUCCUGGCUGGUGAUGGCGCGGCCGACUUUGCCUUGGGUGUUCCAGGGGAGGAUCAAUCGCCCCAUCGUUCUGAGAUUGAGGGGCUCUUGGCGCUGCUGGAGGCCCUUUCGAUGACGAGCUCCUGUGGCACGGUCCACGUGCUGGCGGACUGUCAGUCGGCCCUGACGGUGAUCCAUGGCGGUGGCGCGGUGCGCCUCCUGGCGCAGAGAGCGGUUGAGCUGCAGGCCCUGUUGUGCGGCCGGAUCCAGCUUUGCUUCUGGUGGGUCCCUUCACAUGGUAAGGUGGCGCCGCCUCGGUGGCGCACUCCACCCUGCGGUGAGGCGAUGGCGCGAGCGCUGAACGCGCGUGCUGACCGUGCGGCCAAGGCCUGUGCCUCGCGACGUGCAGCUGGAUCUGCAAGACAGAUGUGUGCCGACCAACGUGCUCGAGCUUUGGAGUGGGAGUUGCAGGCGCUGCAGGCCCUCUCCGCUGUUGCUCAUCGUUGGGACCUGGCCUAUUGCGUGCCCGGCAGCGUGAACCCCAGGGACCCGGAAGAGUUCCGAACGCCCUGGACAUGCGAGAUUGUCGGACCCUCGGGUGCCUUCCGCACUUCAGAAGUCGGCUCCAGCAAGGACCGCCUCUUCGAGUUUGUUCGGGUGCUGACCAAUCAGCCCGUUUCAGGCUCCAAGGCUCGCGCAGUGCAAUCUUCUGGCGGAGCAGCUGGGGGCAUCGUGUCCGAGAGUCAGGGCUAUGGCCUCCUCCUUGCAGGGACGCUGCUGGCUGCCAUGGACUCUGAUUCGGAUUUUGGCCGCGUCUCCGAGCUUACCUACGAGCUUUUCCUCGGAUGGCGCCGCAUAUGCGAGCUGAGCGCAGCGGGCGGCAGCUGUCAGGACGAUGAGGGUUUCCAGUGUGGCGGUGGCCAAUACCCGUGCGUCCCACAUUGGAAGUUCGGCGAGGAUUUGACCCAGGUCGUCGGAAAGGGAGCUGCGCCAGAUGGGGACGUCGACGCCUUGUUGGGCAUGUUGUUGGCUGUGUUGGCUCUGGAAGGCACAAGCCGCGAGCCGGCCUGGCUCGGCGAGGUGGGCCAGUGGGCCUACGACACCUGCAAGCAGUUUUAUCUCAGCUCCGCCGUGGCCUCCCCAAGUGGCCAGCACCAGAUCGUGAAGUUGGGCUCCUGCUGGGGCGGCUGGGGAACGCAAGGGCAGAACCCCAGCUACCACGCGCCCGGUGUCUACCGGCUCUGCCGGGACUACAUGGCCUCUCACGAUGAGAAAUACGGCGGGUCCUCCACGGAGGGCGAUGGCUUUGCAAGAGAUUGGGAGACGCUCAUCGCCACGAGCUACAAGAUGCUUGCGGCCACGCAGUGCCCUUCGACGGGAUUGGUCCCGAACUGGGCUCAGAUCUUCGAAGAUGGACGCCGACUCCGGGCUCAGACGGGCUUCAGCGGCAGCGGCACGCCGGGUGCGGAGUUCGGCGCCGAGGCGUCGCGGACCAUCUGGCGAGUGGUGGUGGACUUCCUGCUGUAUCCUUCCGAGGCGCGCCCAGCCGCAGACUUCCUGAGUCCGGUUGCGAAGCACUUGGGGAAGAAGGAGAACUCUGGGCGAUGGGCGUCUUCCCUGGAUGUGGAUGGCGCUUGCCUGGUGGAGACCAUCCACCCAGGAUGGCAGGUUAACAUGUUCAUGGCGGCGCCCACCUUCGCCAGCCUCGUCUGCCCAGCGGAGCUCGAGGGCGGCAGACAGCAGGAGCUUCUGGACUCGGCCGGCAGGCUCUUGGCCAGCAAGCGCAUCCGGGACUACUACUCCGGCAGCUGGGUGGCCAUCAGCACCAUGACUCUCAACGGCGACCUGGCCAAAGCAGCCGCCAAUGCUAAGAUCGGGUCGGCAGCACGCUCCGCCUCGGCGCCCGUGAAGCUGAUCUCUUGA